UGAUUUCACAGGUUCCUCUUGAGCUGGAUUUAUAUCAGUACUAUUGUGAGAACCUUCUGAGAAUUCCUCAUCUGUUGAUGACUUUUCCUGUUCCCUUGAUUUCACAGGUUCCUCUUGAGCUGGAUUUAUAUCAGUACUUUUCUGAGAACCUUCUGAGUAUUCCUCAUCUAAUGAUGACUUUUCCUUUUCCGUUGAUUUCACAGGUUCCACUCGAGCUGGAUUUAUAUCAGUACUAUUGUGAGAACCUUCUGAUAAUUCCUCAUCUGUUGAUGACUUUUCCUGUUCCCUUGAUUUCACAGGUUCCUCUUGAGCUGGAUUUGUAUCAGUACCAUUGUGAGAACCUUCUGAGAAUUCCUCAUCUGAUGAUGACUUUUUCUGUUCCGUUGAUUUCACAGGUUCCUCUUGAGCUGGACUUAUAUCAGUACUAUUGUGAGAACCUUCUGAGAAUUCCUCAUCUGAUGAUGACUUUUCCUGUUCCGUUGAUUUCACAGGUUCGUUUUGAGCUGGAUUUAUUGCUGAAUUCUCAUCUGAUGAUGACUUUUCCUGUUCCGUUGAUUUCACAGGUUCCACUCGAGCUGGAUUUAUAUCAGUACUAUUGUGAGAACCUUCUGAGAAUUCCUCAUCUGUUGAUGACUUUUCCUGUUCCGUUGAUUUCACAGGUUCCACUCGAUCUGGAUUUAUAUCAGUACUAUUGUGAGAACCUUCUGAGUAUUCCUCAUCUGAUGAUGACUGUCCUUGUUCCGCUGAUUUCACAGGUUCCUCUUGAGCUGGAUUUGUAUCAGUACCAUUGUGAGAAGCUUCUGAGAAUUCAUCAUCUGUUGAUGACUUUCCUUGUUCCGCUGAUUUCACAGGUUCCUCUUGAGCUGGACUUAUAUCAGUACUAUUGUGAGAACCUUCUGAGAAUUCCUCAUCUGAUGAUGACUUUUCCUGUUCCGUUGAUUUCACAGGUUCGUUUUGAGCUGGAUUUAUUGCUGAAUUCUCAUCUGAUGAUGACUUUUCCUGUUCCGUUGAUUUCACAGGUUCCACUCGAGCUGGAUUUAUAUCAGUACUAUUGUGAGAACCUUCUGAGAAUUCCUCAUCUGUUGAUGACUUUUCCUGUUCCGUUGAUUUCACAGGUUCCACUCGAUCUGGAUUUAUAUCAGUACUAUUGUGAGAACCUUCUGAGUAUUCCUCAUCUGAUGAUGACUGUCCUUGUUCCGCUGAUUUCACAGGUUCCUCUUGAGCUGGAUUUGUAUCAGUACCAUUGUGAGAAGCUUCUGAGAAUUCCUCAACUGAUGAUGACUUUUGCUGUUCCGUUGAUUUCACAGGUUCCUUUUGAGCAGGAUUUAUUGCUGAAUUCUCAUCUGUUGAUGACUUUCCUUCUUCCGUUGAUUUCACAGGUUCCUCUUGAGCUGGAUUUAUAUCAGUACUAUAGUGAGAACCUUCUGAGAAUUCCUCAUCUGUUGAUGACUUUUCCUGUUCCGUUGAUUUCACAGGUUCAUCUUGAGCUGGAUUUAUAUCAGUACUAUUGUGAGAACCUUCUGAGAAUUCCUCAUCUGUUGAUGACUUUUCCUGUUCCCUUGAUUUCACAGGUUCCUCUUGAGCUGGAUUUGUAUCAGUACCAUUGUUCCACUCGAUCUGGAUUUAUAUCAGUUCCUCUUGAGCUGGAUUUGUAUCAGUACCAUUGUGAGAAGCUUCUGAGAAUUCAUCAUCUGUUGAUGACUUUCCUUGUUCCGCUGAUUUCACAGGUUCCUCUUGAGCUGGAUUUGUAUCAGUACCAUUGUUCCUCUUGA